CUGGAGGUAGUAACAUCUACCAGUUGAGUGAGCAGAGUUGACCUGUCAAGAACAUCGGUUCUUGUGUGACGGAAAGUUGUUGCUAUUUGCAAAAUGGAAUCAUCUGUGGUGAUGUGUGGUCUUUGCCUGCUGUUCAGCCAAGCUGUGACCAUUUGUGUGCCCAAUGAAUACACCCUAUAUGUGGAGAAACAAGAAUGUGACUUCUGUGUGGCCAUUAACACUACCAUUUGUAUGGGGUUCUGCUAUUCACGGGACAGUAACAUGAAGGAGAUGGCCGGACCACGGUUCCUAAUCCAGAGAGGCUGUACCUACAACAAAGUGGAGUAUCGUACAGUCACACUGCCUGGCUGCCCGCUCCGUGCCGACCCUCUGUUCACCUACCCCGUGGCCCUUAGCUGCCACUGUGGCACCUGCAACACAAACAGUGACGAGUGCGCCCACAAGGCUGGCAGUGGAGACGGCGCAAGGUGUUCAAAGCCACUCAGACACGUCUUCCCAUACGCUGGCCUGAACAACUACAUCCACCCCAACUGACAAAGCUUUCCCAUUCUCGGAUAGGUUGGCCAUGGUAACCAAUAUAGGUGGCAUUAAGAAUGGUCUGUUCAAAUAGCCUAUUCUUCGUGGCAACAAUAUGGCCACAUCCGUGUUGUAAACGCUGUAUUUAUGUGCUUGUAGUGGAUACAGUGAGGAUACUGGUUACAGGUUGCCCGUUCUGUGUUAAAUACGUGACUGUGCUUUAUUUGUUACUGUUUCGCUUACAAUCGCGGAUUAUCUUGGUAUUUAUCUACCUAGAGGGUUUAUCCCUUGUUGCAUGUCCUGACCAUUUAGUCACUGAGCUAUUUGUUUGUGGAGAACCAAUACUAUGAAUGAGUUGUGAUUAAAGCUGAAGUCUGUGAAUAGUUGUCACUAAUCUGAAUUAAUCACAUACUGCACAGGAACGU